GAAGCGUAUUAGUAUUUGUCGUGGUAAAUAACACAACACGUGAAAGCUUCUUCAUUGUUAUAUUACGAUUUUGACUCGUAAUGGAUGACGAACAAGAAACAUACAAAUUAUGGCGCAUCCGAAAAACUAUCAUGCAGCUCUGUCACGAUCGAGGAUAUCUGGUGACACAAGAUGAAUUGGACCAAACACUGGAUGAGUUCAAGGCUCAGUUUGGUGAUAAACCCAGUGAACGGAAGCCUGGAAGAAGUGACUUGAUUGUUCUUGUAGCUCACAAUGACGAUCCUACAGAUCAGAUGUUUGUGUUUUUCCCAGAAGAACCUAAAGUUGGAAUCAAAACAAUCAAGACAUAUUGUCAGAGAAUGCAGGAAGAAAACAUUACUCGUGCCAUUAUUGUUGUACAGGCUGGCAUGACGCCAUCAGCAAAGCAGGCUCUGGUUGAGAUGGCCCCGAAGUAUAUCCUGGAGCAGUUCCGAGAAGCUGAGCUACUCAUCAACAUCACAGAACACAUGCUGGUUCCGGAACAUGUCGUGAUGACCCCCGAGGAAAAGUCGGAACUUCUAGCCAGAUACAAACUGAAGGAUUCCCAGAUUCCCAGAAUUCAGCAGGGUGACCCAGUUGCAAGAUACUUUGGUUUGAAACGUGGCCAGGUUGUGAAGAUCAUCCGGCCCAGUGAGACAGCCGGGCGAUACGUCAGUUAUCGACUUGUUGUUUGAUGUGUACAGAUUGUCAUCUAUACCAAGAGACACUGAAUGCAGAUCAGCUGCUCAAGUAUUGAUGAUGUCUGUGUAAGACCCGGACGUUUUGUGAAAGGCGGCCAUCAAGCUGUAUCACUUAUCAUCUCCAUUUCCUGUUUCAUGUCUCAUGUUUCAUCCAUAUUCCAUCUUUCAUAAUCCUCUCAUGGUGUUUACAAGAGCAGGGAUAGCUGUGGGUUUCUCCAGACAUUUGAACUGAAGCACAAUGGGAGGAUGUUGUACAUUGUUGCCAUACUCAGCCAUAGAAAUUCGUUUUUUCUUAAAUUAGUCCUUCACUAAAGCAAAAUUUAUUUCACUUGUAAUAGACAUAUGUAGUUAAUUAAUAAUUGGUGAAGAUUUGAGACUGAUGUCCCUCUAGUGUUACACAUCAUUCAGAACUAACAUUUACCAUAAUUGUUUUUUUAUUGUGCUCAGAAUAAUUAUGUCUUCAGCAAAUGAACCAGUUUGGUUUGCUACUGUUAAACCAGAGUCUGUUUGUUUGUGAUCCUUCAGUAGUUUCAUUUAGGUACCCCACAUCUAUAUUUGUGGUUAAUGGUUUUAAACAAUGAGAAAAAAAGAUAUACAUUGUGACUAUAUGAAGAGAUGGCUGUACGCUGCUGCGUGUAUGAAGAGAUGGCUGUACGCUGCUGCGUGUAUGAAGAGAUGGCUGUACGCUGCUGCGUGUAUGAAGGGAUGGCUGUACGCUGCUGCGUGUAUGAAGGGAAUGCCACAUUGCCUUGCAACUGCUGCUCCAUUACCUACAAUAGGUGAAAGUUGUAGGGGAUAAUAAAAUCAUUCAUUUUGUA